GAGCCUUUUGUAAACUCUUGGGCUUGGGCCCACGCCGAUUUGAAAAGUUAAAGAAGUCAGUGAAGUCUGCUGAUCCUGUCCCCUUCGAUCGGCGUUUUAUUGUGGGUGCUAAGCUUCGUCGAGUUUCUGAAUCAAGGCAGAUUGCGCAUGAGUAUUUGGAAGAGUUGUACGCUACCAUUGCGGAGGCAAUGCCAGAGGUCAGCGAACCUGGCAUCGUGCGCCAAAUGUCCUUCCGCCGUCGCAGAGGAAAGCGGCCAAAACUGGCUAGCCGUCAAAGUAAGAUCGCCAACGACAAGAAGGGAGUUAUGAGGCUAUUGCCACCUGGUACGUUUGGAGAAUACUUGGACCUCCUCAAAGCACGAC